AUGCUAUCCAAGCUCCCAUCAAUGAGACUCGUCUUUUUAGGUGCUCCCGGUUCAGGUAAGGGUACACAAAUAUCACGUUUAAUACAACUAUUACCAACUGUUAAUCGUAUAUCUUCAGGUGAUAUAUUACGUCAAGAAAUCCAAGCAGAGACCAAAUUGGGUCAAUUAGCCUCUCAAUUUAUCGCCCAGGGAAAAUUGAUACCGGAUGAUCUGAUUGAUAAGCUAUUGAUCUCGAAGUUACAAGAGCAGAAUUGGUUAGCUGGUAGAUCCAAAUCCAGUUGGGUCCUCGAUGGGUUCCCCCGAACCAUAACACAAGCACAGAAAUUCGAUGAAACCUUGGAUAAGUACAAUAAGAACUUGAACCUAGUGGUGGAAUUGGAUGUACCCACUGAGGUAAUCUUAGAGAGAAUUGAAAAUAGAUAUGUCCAUAUUCCUAGUGGACGUAUUUAUAAUUUGCAAUUCAACCCCCCUCGUGUCCCGGGAAAAGAUGAUAUUACUGGGGAACCACUUGUGAAGAGAUCCGAUGAUUCUGCAGCAACAUUUAAGAAACGACUCCAGGAGUAUCAUGAGACAUUGGGUCCCUUGAAGGAAUAUUACCAGAGUCAAGGCCUCCUACAGACAAUAUCAGGUGAAACCUCCGAUAUAAUAUUUCCAAAACUUCUCAAUAUGAUUCAUAAGAGGUUUCAUACGGGGAUCCAGAUACGUCCCCCUUCUACGGAGUCACCGGGGGUUGAGGCUUUAAAAUAA